AUGCGCUUCUUCACUGUUCUCGCCACGCUUUGCGCAGCUGUCUCUGCAGUCCCAACCGAAGCUGAGGUACAAGCCAAGUUGGUCACUGAACUGUGGCGCGCGUACAGCGGCAGAGCGCAAGACCACUUCUACACCACCAACUACCAUGAAUACAACAACGCUGUGACUAACCUUGGCUACGCUGCCGAGGGCGUCGCGGCGCGCAUCUACUCUAGGCAGGUGGCGGGAACCGUCCCCCUGUACCGGACCUGGUCCCCUGGCGCCACAGAUCACUUCUACACCACCUCGGCCGCUGAGCGCGACAACGCCGUCCGGAACCUAGGCUACCAAGACGAGGGCAUCACCGGCUAUGUCUUUCCGUCGGACAGCAAACCGAAGACUGUUCCGUUCCACCGUGCCUACAGCCCUACACAGAGGGACCACUUCUAUACUAUAAGCGCGACUGAGAUGGAGAAUGCGGUCCGGAAACUGGGAUACACCUACGAGGGCGUCGCUGCUUAUGUAUUCGAGCCCUGA